CUGUGGCGCUGUUUGCUGGGAGAGAGAGGUUGUGCUGAUUCCUAGGUUCCCGCCAAAUUAGUGCUUGCGCAUGACAGUCCGCGCGCUGAGAGAACUGGAAGAAGAAACGAGUGCCCGGGUGGGCAGUAGAACUAGAGAAGCAUUUGUCAUUUGUGUGGAGUUUGUUAAAAAUAAACAUGGCUUUGCACAGUUUGCAUGGUCCGAUCCGAAUCAACUGUCUCAAAGUUGGAACAUCAAAAUGGAAAGAGGGCUGUUGCGAAGUUAUUGAGAAGGAUAACAAAUAUUCCUUGGUUGUAAAUUAUAAUGCUGGUGGCGGGCCAACAAAAUUCCAGCUAACUCAGAAUAUCAAAACUAUUGUUCUGAAACCCAGUGGCUGUACACAGAGCCGUCUUAUGCUGACAUUGAAGGAUGCAAGUUCUCUUACCAUUGAUAAGGUUCCAUUGAAUAAAGCUGAGAAUUUAAAACACUUUUUGGAAGGUCUUGACAAAGCAUCAACUGUGAAAUCUACCCAGGGAUCAGGGAGCUUUAGUGGUGUUUUGGGAAACAGAAGCACCCAGAUAGAAGCAAACCGAUCACUGCUUAACAAAACUCAGACUCCAUCAAAGAGAGUGAGCUUUGACAAUAAGGAUGAGACUCCUGUAAAGAAGUCAUUAAGUAACACUGGGAGAGUGUCAAUCAAAACUUCCCCAGGGAACACUGUGUCUGCAGGCAGAAGUGCUAUUAACACUACCCCAUCUACACCACAAAGGACCAGUCUGAUGGAAAGCAGGAGUGAAAAAAGAAAACGAAUACAGACUCCAAGCCCAGAAAUAGUGGAAGAUUACCCCAAAGAAAAUGAUUCAUCGACCACAAACAAAGCAUUGUCUGAUGCUGGACGCAGAUUUUUAAGUAGCAGCCGCGAGAAACAGUUAAGCCUAAAACAGACAGAGGAGAACAGACAAGGAUUAAUGCCAUUGCAGUCAUCUUCUUUUUAUAGUAGCAGACUGAUGCCAAAAGAUUUUACCACAUCAAAUGCAUACUCAGACAGCAGGUCAUCUGCAUCCAGUCAACCCCCACCUGCCAAACGGAGUUUGGUUCUUCCAUCACAGCCCAGCCCUCUGUCUGUGAAAAAACUGAAACCCAAUCAAGACUACCCUGGCUGGAACAAACAAAGGGUGCUUUCAACUCAUCCACAACCACAGCAGCUGCAAGGCUUUUCCAACCUGGGAAAUACCUGCUAUAUGAAUGCCAUUUUGCAGUCCCUAUUUUCCCUUCAGCCGUUUUCUCAUGAUUUGCUGAAGCAGGGAAUUCCCUAUAGGAAAAUUCCACCAAAUGCAUUAAUCAGGCGCUUUGCUCAUCUUCUAGCAAAGAAAGACAUCUGCAGCCCUGAGGUAAAGAAAGAUCUUUUGAAGAAAGUGAAGAGUGCCAUAUCUGCAACGGCAGAGAGGUUUUCAGGCUACAUGCAAAAUGAUGCCCAUGAGUUUCUGAGUCAGUGCCUUGAUCAGUUGAAAGAGGACACGGGGAAGCUGAACAAAACAUGGAAGAAUGAGCUGUCCUCUGGAGAUGAUGUUCCUGGUGUAAAAGCAAAUGAUGAUCUGUCCUCACACAUAUAUACCUGUCCUGUUACCUGCAAUUUUGAAUUUGAAGUGCAACAUUCAAUCAUUUGUAAAAUGUGCGGUGAAACGGUUAACAAGAGGGAGCAAUUUAAUGAUCUCUCAAUUGACCUUCCUAGAAGAAAGAAACCAUUGCCUUCUCGGUCAAUCCAAGAUUCCUUAGACCUCUUUUUUAGGUUAGAAGACCUUGACUAUGCGUGUGAGAAAUGUAGUGGAAAGUCUGCAACAGUAAUGCACAAAUUUAGCAGGCUACCAAGGAUUCUUAUACUGCACCUAAAACGAUACAGUUUCAAUGUGAUUUUAUCACUUAAUAACAAAGUGGGUCAGCAAGUUGUCAUCCCUCGAUAUCUUACCUUGUCAUCGCACUGUACAGAAAGCACACGGGUCCCCUUGUCACUUGGAUGGAAUGCACAAACUGCAUUAAAUGCACGGCCAUUAAAGUUAUCACAGAUGGCGAAUUCUUGCACAAUGAGCACAUCAACACCUCUUAGAAAGCACAUGUUUAAAGCUGCAAACAGCAUGCCAGUUUGUCUGGAUUCCGAAAGUGAAGAUGAGCAAAUCAAGCGAUGUGUCUCUCACAGUCAAAGGGUUUGCGACCUAGAGAUGAGAGAACAGCAGAAUGAAGACAAAGAUAAGAAGGACGCCAGUAAAUGUUCAGAGGCAGGAGAUGCUUGCUUUGAUGAGAUGAAUGAUGAGGAAUUGGUGGCAGCAGUCUUGGAAAUGAGUAAAAAGGAAACAUCCUUGUCUGAAAGCCGCGAUGAUGAGGAUAAACUCUCCAGUAGCCCAGACACAGGCUUUGGGGGAGAUGACGAUGUACAGGAGAUGGCUGAAAACCAUGAGCCUUUGGAAGAUGACAGAUUAAAGACUGCAAAAGAAAUGGGUGUGCUUCAGUAUAGUGACAUGGCAAAAGAUUUUGAUGAGAAUAAAGAAAACAAGACUCCAGAAGCAUCCCAGAAUGAUGUUGACUGGCUUCAGUAUGACCUUGAGAGGCAGCGUGAGGAGCAAGAGCUGCAACAGGCACUGGCACAGUCACUUCAGGAGCAGGAAGCUCGAGAAAUGAAGGAAGAUGAUGACCUCAAGAUGGCUACAGAGCUGAGCUUACAAGAGUUUAACAAUACCUUAAUGGACGGAAUGGUUUCUGAUGAUGAUUCUGGAAAUGAAGAGGUUCUUGACAUGGAGUAUACAGAGGCAGAGACAGAGGAGUUAAAGAAAAAUGCAGAGACUGGAGAUCUUCCACAUUCAUAUAGACUCAUCAGUGUGGUCAGCCAUAUUGGGAGCACCUCUUCUUCUGGUCAUUAUAUCAGUGAUGUGUACGACAUCCGAAAGCAAGCUUGGUUUACAUACAAUGACUUAGAAGUAUCAAGGACCCAAGAGACCACUGUACAGAAUGACAGAGACAGAAGUGGCUACAUUUUCUUUUACAUGCACAAAGAUGUAUUUGAUGAACUGGUAGAAGAAGCAAAUAAAUCCCAGCCUGUCUCCACGGAACUUAACUGGCCAACCAGACCACCCCUGUGACAAUGACAGAUCAGUAUCUGCAUUUGCACAAACUGUUGAUCCUCCAGGGUCAUUUGGUUACGAAAGGACGUUACUUUCUGUGGCCAUUUUAAACCAUUUGGCCAUUUAGGCUCCUAAAGGUGGAUGUUGCAAGCCCUUUACUUACCGCUGAGAUGUGCCGAGACCACUACACACCUUGAAAAGUGUCUUUGAAGUGCUAUGCUUGCAGACAACCACUCUUGUUGGCUAUAGAACAGAACUCCAGCACUGUAUAUUUACAGAGUUCUGGGCUUCUAAUAUUGGUCUUUACAGCAAUAAGACUCUCUAAAAUGCCUCAAGUACCUUCCAUCUAAAGGCAUCUCUUUGACCCUACACUGUUAUGUCACUGCAACCAUAUUAAGAAGAGGCUGUUUAUGUUUGUAAUUAACUGUGCUCAUUUAUGUGCAGUCUGAUGAAAGCUAGCGCUCAAGCUGUUCAAUGAAUUAUCAAUGUUGCAGUCUGAUGGAUUCUUUGCACACUGCAGUCUUUAAGUUGAACUUAUUUUUUUUUUUGUUAUGGAAAAAAUGCAUUUAUAUGAAACAGAUAUAUCCUUUUGUUAUGAAUUUCCAACUGGACUGUCAUUGCAAGACAGCAAAUUUAAGAUUUUCCCACAGUUGCUAAAUAAAAGCAAUAAGAAGGGGAACGUGACAAGAUUGUGUCUACGGUGACCACAUUUACAGAAUUCUCUAUCCUGAUAAAAUGAGACAAUCGCUUCCGCACAACACUUAUUGGCAUCCUCUUGUUUUAACGGUUGGUCAGUUUUUCUUGGGUUUAAAGCCUUUAUGGUAGAGCUGUCUUUUAUUUAAAGAAUCUGGGCAUUUUAUUUGAUAUUCCACUUGUAUUUAAACGAUUUAGUGCAAAUAUAAAACUUAAUAGAGCAGACUUCAAGAAACGUUUCCACUAAGGGGGAAAUUAGUCCUAGUUUUUAGGCCUGCCUCACAGCUAUUUUCAUUUUGUUCAUUCUUGUGUAUCUGCAUUUGGCAGGAAUAUUUCUUACAUCAGAUAACAGGAUGCAUACUGUUUGGCUUGGAAUUCCUCAAGCAAUCCCAAAAAUAUGGUAGUGCGUGUGUCUGUGUAAGCAUUAAAAGACAGAAGGAAGCCCUUUUAUAGACAUGUUUUUAAAAACACUUGCUCUUAAUGUUACAUUACUUUACUAUGUUUUGCUGUGAAUUGUGUUCCUUUGAGACUCAGUGUAUAUAGGAUCAUACUUAAAUGACACUGUUGUAGGUGUGAAUAAGAUAAAUGCUGUAAUUCAGCUAGAGUAGCUGAGUAGGUUGGAAGGCUAAUUUAAUAUCAUACUUAAAGCCCCCAUGCAAUAAAAUGCUGAUUUUCUUGUUGUAGAGUAUGGAAUGGUUUCGCUUAGGUUUCACUAUUGUUUUGCAAUAUGACAUGGACCACAGCAAAUGACUUUACAUCGGUAAUGUUACAUGAACUGAGCUAAAGUGUGCUUAAUUUGCACAGUGGAACAUUCACAGUGUCGGCGAAGACCAAUAACUAAGGAUAAUGCACUAAUGUUGGCCUGACUCCCUACCAGCUAGCCAAUACAAAUGGCUUGGUUGCUGUGGAUUACAAUACUAGGUGAUUCUUUAACAGUAUCUUUGGUUCCACUUCCAAAUAAAAAUAUAUUUCAGUAAA